GCAUUCUACGCGGGCAACGUCGUUGUUUCCUCUUAGUGAGGGUCCUUUAAUGAAAACUAUGCUAGGGUUCUGAUUCUUGGAGAAGAUGGCGGACGUGUUGAGUGUUCUGCGUCAGUAUAAUAUUCAGAAGAAGGAGAUUAUCGUCAAGGGGGAUGAGGUUAACUUUGGCGAGUUUUCCUGGCCAAAAAAUGUCAAGACUAACUAUGUCAUCUGGGGAACUGGGAAAGAGGGCCAGCCAAGAGAAUAUUACAGUCUUGAUUCAAUAUUGUUCCUGCUCAAUAAUGUACAUCUCUCUCACCCUGUGUAUGUACGACGUGCAGCAACAGAAAAUAUUCCUGUGGUUAGAAGACCUGAUCGAAAAGACUUGCUUGGUUACCUAAAUGGCGAAACAUCAUCAUCUGCUAGCAUUGACAGAAGUGCUCCUCUUGAAAUAGGUCUUCAGCGAUCUGCACAAGUUAAACGAGCAGCAGAGGAAGUGUCUGCAGAAGCAAAGAAGCCAAGGGUUGAGGAUGAAGAACGUGUACGUCUUGAUAAAGAGCGUUUGGCAGCCCGUUUAGAAGGUCACAAAGAAGGAAUUGUGCAGACGGAACAGAUCAGGUCUCUGUCUGAAGCCAUGUCUGUAGAAAAAAUUGCUGCCAUCAAGGCCAAAAUUAUGGCAAAGAAAAGGUCAACCAUCAAACCUGAUCUGGAUGAUGACAUAACUGCCUUAAAACAGAGAAGUUUUGUAGAUGCUGAAGUAGAUGUGACUAGAGACAUUGUCAGUAGGGAGAGAGUGUGGCGGACAAGAACAUCAGUUCUACAGAGUACUGGCAAGAACUUCGCGAAGAACAUUUUUGCCAUUUUGCAGUCUGUAAAAGCAAGAGAAGAGGGUCGUGCACCAGAACCUAGGCCAGUACAAACCACUGUAACAACGGAUUCAACAUUAAGGCCUAAGCAGCCAGUACCUGCCGCAUACAACAGAUACGAUCAGGAAAGAUUUAAAGGAAAAGAAGAGACGGAGGGAUUCAAAAUUGAUACCAUGGGCACUUACCACGGUAUGACCCUGAAGUCUGUAACGGAAGGUGCUUCUGCUAGAAAGACCCAGGCUCCUGCAGUACAGCCGGUCCCAAGACCAGUUUCUCAAGCAAGACCACCUCAGAACCAGAAGAAGGGCUCUCGAACUCCUAUUAUCAUUAUUCCAGCUGCUUUAACUUCCUUAAUUACAAUGCUUAAUGCAAAAGACCUUCUUCAAGACCUUAAGUUUAUCCCAUCAGAAGAAAAGAAGAAGCAGGGUUGCCAGAGAGAAAAUGAAAUUUUAAUCCAGCGACGAAAAGAUCAGAUGCAGCCUGGUGGAACUACAAUUAGUGUAACAGUUCAUUAUCGUGUGAUAGACCAGCCUCUCAAGCUUAUGCCACAGGACUGGGAUCGUGUGGUAGCAGUUUUUGUGCAAGGUGCUGCAUGGCAGUUCAAGGGAUGGCCAUGGCUGUUACCCGAUGGUUCACCUGUUGAUAUUUUUACAAAAGUUAAGGGUUUCCAUCUCAAAUAUGAUGAAGUUCGGCUGGACCCAAAUGUGCAGAAGUGGGAUGUAACAGUACUAGAGCUGAGCCAGUACAAAAGACAUUUGGACAGACCUAUCUUUCUUCGUUUCUGGGAAACGCUGGAUAGGCACAUGGUAAAGAACAAAUCCCACUUGAGAUUCUAAGUCUGCGGAUAACCAUUUAUUCCUCAGAGGAAGGAUCAAGAUGUUUGAAAGCUACUUCAGAUUGGGAUGACUAAAGCUUCUCUUUUAGCGUAUCUUCAGUCAUUAGAAGCUCUCCCAAUAGAGAAUGGGAUCACGUCAACAUAUGUAACGUGUACUACCUUUUGGGAGCUUUGUGUUGUAAUGGCAAAAUUUGUCUGCCAUGAGAAGAAAGGAAGAUGUGCUAAUGACAUUUAUAUAUAUUUAUAUAUAUAUGUACCUUAAGAAUGUCUACUAGACAGAGGCUCAAGACUGUAUAUUUUGUUUGCUUUUGGCUCUUCUAUUUAAGCAACAGCAGUUUUCCUCCACUUUUUUCCUGGAGCUUUUUUCAUAGGUGCAGUUCAAAAUAAAUGUACUGUGUCAGUGAUGUCAUUCUCUGAAACAUUCUCAAACUGUUCUGUAUUCCGUUAUUUGGUUUAAUGAUUUAUGCAUACUGUUAAGUGUUAAUAUGUUAUAAAAGAGCAAGAUCCUGUAGCAAGUAGUGUAAAUGAAAAAAAAAAUUCAUUAGUUGUUUUCAUAAAUACUUGAUUUAAAAAAGUUUGUGCAAAGGGAGGGGGAUUUUGUUUUGUACAGUAUAAUCAUUUGAAGUUGAAAAAAGGGGACUAAUUUUUUUUCAACAGCUUGAAGUUGGAUAUUUAGGUAGCAGCACGACCUAUGUAAAGUGUUUGAGUUCACUGGAUAUACAAAAGAAGCCAUAGCCUCUUUUCUAUACGUACGGCUUUCUUGCCUGAUUACUUCACACACAUUGAAAGAAUGGAAAAAAUGAAUGUCAUUUGUAUGUUUUACACCACUUUCAGACUAAUUUCUGUUUUAUUUUAAGUACAUUUUUGGAUUUAUUGAUUAAUGCUACUUUGGAAGUUUACAGGAAGUACUUGAUUUGCUGCCACAAGUAGUGGCUUUGGGUGUUUUACCAUUUUAAUCUUCAGAGUAGUUACAGAUAAAUGAUCCUUACAAGGAAGUAAAGGAGGUUAGGCUGACUGGCAUGCAUGCAGUGCAGGGCUCCAGUGUACUGGCUGAUGAAAGGUUCAGUUAAUUGUUAAAUGGUUAUCAUUAGCUUUAAGAAAGCAAGGUGUUACUUAUAAAUGUAAAAAAAAUCCUUUUUGACGGGAAAAAACAUUUUAAAGGACUGUCAAGAUUUUAGACCGUCAUUUCUGUCUAAGGCACGAUGUACAUCUUUUGCUUCUUUGCAAAUGUAGAGCACAUAAUUACUGUUGUCAACAAAGCUGGAAAAAUGCAUUCUUAAUGCAGCUGAAACUGUUUUCCAUGUCAAUGUGUGAUUAUUUUUUUAAAAUCAUGUCCAUUUGAGAAUAUGAAGUGUACAGCUGUGUUUCAUUAAUGAAUCAUACCGAAAGGGAUCGGAUUUAUUUACAAGUAGAGGGGGAGUUUAUAUAACUGAUAUAAAAAUGCAGAGCACAGUCUGUUGCAUUGCAGAUAUGUAUUUGAGGUUUUUUUUAUGUAGUCUACAUUCUGAGUUUAAACACAGUAAAGUUUGUAUGAGCAAAUGAGGCUGUGUACUUAAAACCAUGAGGAGCCUUGUCAGCUUCUACAGUGUAAGGGACUGAGACUCUUGUUAUGGUGCUUGUUGAAAUCGGAUAAAUAUAUAAAAUACA